AUGUUCAGGUGCUAUUCAAACGAAAACCCGUACAGUAUCUUCCGCGGCCCACUAUCGAAGACGACAGCUCCGAGGCAUGUACACUCCGCGGAGGUCCGUGAAGAAGCAAGAAAUACUGACACGCCUUGCGCACAGGUCUGGGUUAUCUCAGAGACGAACGAGGUCUUUACCAACUAUGAAUCGUACCUUCAGCGCAUGGAUUUCUACAAACAACGGAAAUUUAUUUGCGAGAUCACGGGUCAUUCGGGAUUAAAUUUCUUCGAGGCGUUUCGAAGCGAGAUGGAGGAAUCGCGUGAGGUGAACAACACCUUUCCCGAAGCGUUGAAGGGGCCUAUUUUACGGAGGACGCAAUUCUCCACGGUAUCGCGGGUCGAUAACCUCGUGGACGAGAUAUAUGAAGAAUUUAAGUCUGAAUUCUACCCUGGGGAGCCGGUUCUCAUUCUAUUGGACGACAAUACACGCCUACACGGGAUAAUCAGAGACAAAGCCAAGUUUCCGGAGCAGCUGUAUGACGACGGAACCGUCAAAACGCCGGCCCAUGCGACGUACCUGGUCAAAGUCUCCGAUCGUCUGGAUGAGGAAGCCCUACUGGAUAGCCAUCACAUCACCCGCGAUAGGAAGACGUUUACCAAGCAAAUGCUUCGCGCGUUCAUAAAAAAUAACGUGACUCGGGAAUCGUGGAACGGCGCUCCUUGGAUUGUUAAGAAGUCGAUUGCCGACGAGUAUAGGAUACCCUCGGAAGUGCCGAAACACCUGGAGUAUGGAGCUAGGGUCGCUGAGAAGAAGGCGCAAAAGAAGGCUGGUCAAGACGGAUUCUUUGGCUUUUUCGCUUCCAAGGAACUACCGGAGCUGAAGCCAGCUGUUAAGGGCCAAAAGGCGAAACCGUCUCCACAGGAUCUCGCGCGCUCUGAAGAGGCACAAUACUUGGAAUAUAGACGUUCUUUGAACGGGAACCCAAGCUUUCUUGUCGGUAACAAAUCUACGAAUGGGCCCUCGAGGGCUUCGAAGUCCCAGGAGCCCGAGAAGAAACCGCAGCCGGUCCCGAGCGUUGUGAUCAAAGCCGAACCUCCGAGACCGCCGUCGCCGCCACCUAUCAAGUAUCCUAUUGAAGACCUCGACAUACCGCCCAGUCGGGAGAAGAAGAAACAGCGGCCGCCACUGAAGUUCCUAAGAAUAAACGAACUCGAUCACCCCGAUGAUGAGGACCUUCUGCAGGAUCACAUCGAGAUGGAAUCGGUCGGCCUCCUUCUCGAAACCUGGAAUACUCUCAACGUAUAUUGCGAGGUUUUCCAAUUGGAUUCCUUUACGUUCGAUGACUUUUUGCAAGCUAUGCGGUUCUCCUCCGACGAGAUGGAUUGUGAGCUAUUCGUGGAGAUUCAUUGUGCUGUCUUGAAGAAACUGGUCAACGCGGAAAAGGAUAACAACGGUGCCAUCCAAAUUUCGCUUCCAGAGCGUCCUGUCGAGCAGCAAGAGGACUCUGAUGAGGCGGAGGAGGUGGAAGACGACGAAGAAGAUAAAGAAGAGGAGGCGGAAGAUACGCUGGAGCCCGCUGUGACAAGAAUGACGACGCGGGGCAGUUUAGCAAAAGCAGAGGCGGAGGGCUUGAAGGCUCUGGUAAAUGGCGAUCACGAUACCAGCGAAAUUAAGACGCACCGCGCAAGCGAAAUGCUUUCCGAAUAUGGCUGGGUUGAGCGCCUACGACAACGCGAUUUCCGGAAUGGUGGCUGGGAGAUGAUUAUGAUUGGGCUCCUUCACCAACUGUCUGUUCGCCCGCGAAUGGAGAAGGCCUGCAACGAAAUUCUCGAAUAUCUUGCACCUCUCGACCAAGAACCGACGCAAGGCACCGCUCGCGCGCAAUACGCCGUCCUCGACCUCAACUUACGAAUCCGAGCUUUACAGAUUAUCUGCAUGCUUAGUCUGGAGACAAAGGCUAUCCGAAACUACAUGGAAGAAUGCAGUAACCAAAUGACGGAGUUCCGAAAGGAGAAGAUCGAGUACCAAAAAGCUCGCAAAGCAGCACACGAGGAGCUUCGUAAGUUGCACCAAGAACGCAAAGCUCUUGAACCCGAACCAGAGAAAUCGCCCACUCCCUUGCCAGAGUUGGAACCCUCAGAAGAUACGAAGAUGGGCGGCAUGGACGAUUCGCUAGUCGAUUCGGAGGUGGAGGGUACACCACAACGGGCUCUCCGUGGUGGCGCCGAUCGUGUUAUGGAGCGGAAACGCAAAUUGGAUGAAGAGCGGGAGAGGAAGGAGCAGCUUGCUAAACAACCCAAGGGCUCUAAACAGUAUCAACGGGUAUUGAAGAAGAUGGAGGAGCAAAAAGCUGCAGUCAAGAAGUGCGAGGACAAGAUUGCCGUCAUUGACAAUGACCUUCGGGAGGCUGACUGCCCGCGGACGAGAUGUCUCGGAAAGGAUCGUUUCUGCAAUAGGUAUUGGUGGUUUGAACGCAACGCAAUGCCGUAUGAGGGCAUGCCCAAUAGCUCGACCGCAGCGGCGAAAUAUGCCAAUGGCCGUCUGUGGGUUCAAGGGCCGGAUGACAUGGAGCGACUCGGUUUCAUUGAUGUCUCGGAUGAAUUGAAAAAGCAAUACCAGAAGCAGUUUCACAUGUCACCAGUCGAGCGCAAAAAGCACGAAGAGGGACCCACGCGGCUUUCGACGGCGCACGAUUGGGGUUACUACGACGAGCCUGAGGCAAUCGAGAAGCUUUUGGACUGGCUUGACUCCCGAGGCGAGCGCGAGACGAAACUGCGCAAGGAACUCCUUCUCCAUCGCGACAAUCUUGUCAAGUGUAUACGAGCACGCCACGAGUACCUGUCACGCACAGAGGAGGAGCCCGAGGAUGUGACAACCAAACGAGUGACCACCCGAAAUAAGACGUACGUGGCCGACGCUAAACAUCGCUGUUUGAACUGGCGAAACUCGACAGCGUUAGCGGACAAUGGACAUCUCCAUGUCGAGGCGUCGCGACCAUCCAAGCGAGCGCGAAAGUCAGGCGAAGACCCCAAGGACCUCAAGGCCACAAACCGACAAGGAAAACCGCUCACCAGACAAGGCGGACGAUACAACUUUUAA